AUGGCCAACGCAGCGCCGUGGCGGGACGAGCCUCUGAAGCUGCUGCCGACGCCAGCAUAUCAAACAAAAAAAACGGACAUGUGGACGGAGGGGGCGAGCCACAUGUGCAAUGUUCACAAUGCUUUGUUCCGGGGCUUCAACUCCAUUUACCAGCAGGCGCCGAAUGUCGUUGACCAAGACAAGGCCGCCUUUAUCGGCUACUGCCAGACAUGGGUAAAAUUCCUACACUCACACACAGAGCACGAAGAGACGGGCAUGUUUGUCAUGGCAGAAGAGCUCCUCCAGGAAAAGGUGUUUGCCGAUAUGCACGAGGGACACGAAGCCAUCUUGGGUCCUCUGCGGGACAUGGAAACGUACCUCACGAGCGUCACCGCGACGCCUCUUGCCCUUUCCGCGCAACGACUCCUCGCCAUCCUCGACGCCUUGCACGGGCCGCUGGAGAGCCACUUCAACGAUGAGGUCGCGCGCAUCGCCAGCCUUGCAGCGCACCCGGGGAGUCCGGCGGCCGGCUCGGCCGAGGAGCGCGCUGCCGUGGCCUGGUUCGAGAAAUGGGGCCAAAAGUCGCUCAUGGAGCCUGGCGUGGCCGACGUGCUCGUCUUCUUCCUGCUCAACAUGGACCGGGCGCACGAAGACGGGCGGUGGCGCGACUGGCCGCCGAUGCCCGCGCCGGUGCGGUGGGCCAUGGUCAACAUCGCGGGCCAGUGGCACCGAAGCUGGUGGAAGUUUGCGAGCUGCGAUGCCACCGGACAGAGGAGGGAGCUGUAUGCGCAGGCUACGCUGUCAGGGAAGGCGAAGAGCAUUUAA